CCCCAGCCAACAACAGAACAGCACGUUGAGUCGGGGAUAUGCAGGGUGUGUCGGCAAGUGCCGUGGUGUUGGUGUUGGUGGUCGCACUGCUCGGAUACUAUGCAGGCGACAUGGCGCGAGUGGGGCUGAUGGCGGCGGAGCGCGAGCUGGCUCUUGCUCAGCGUACACGGUCCGAUCUCCUCGCCGCCCUCAACACGAGCAGACGGGAGCAGCAGCUACUCAAGGACAACCUGCUGCAGCUGCAGACGCGUGCCAUCGACCUCGGUAAGGGCUUAUUUGUUGCUGGCCCCGCCGGGGCUGACGCGCAUGCGCAUGGCCAUGACAUCAGCGCGGCCCCAGUCGAUGGCGAGGUUGCCCCUCUUCGCGACGGCCAGCCGUCCCUCAAGCUCUGGAAGUCAUCUGCCCCCUUGGAUGUGCUUCGCAGCCGCAUGCCGUGUCGUGACGCGGUCUCCCCUGUCAACGCGGACCUCCCCAUCUACGUGUUUGUUGCGGGCGUCGAGGGCGCCGGCCACCACGCGCUGGAGACGGUGUGGCGCGGGCUGCAGCAGUACUACGACCUGCACAUGAUCGGCUACAACCCCGGCCUGCACUCGUUUGCCAAGGACAGGGAUGUCGAUCGCGCCUACCAGUUCCCCACCAUCGACUUUGAGCGGUACAAGGGGCAGAUACAGAGGUUCCUCGCCAAGCCAGACAUCUCGGGCAAGCGGCUUGUCAUCGACUCGCGCAACUCGUAUCCAGAAGGGUUUGGUGUCGGGGCACUGGCGCACCCAGACCUCGUGUACCUGUCUCAGCUCGACGGUGUGCUGUUUGACCUGCGCGUGCUCGUGGUGCUGCGCGACCCGGUGGACUGCGUCAUGUCUGCGGUGCGCAGGUUCCAGGUGAAGGAGUUCCAGUACAAGAACCCCCAGUUCCAGGCGCGCGCUGUGCAGGAGUCGCUGUCCAUGAUCAACAACGCUGUGCAUACGCUGCCGUGUGGCAAGGUGCUUGCCCUGCCCUACGAGGAGUUUGUCACCACCCCGCGCACGUUCUCCCAGGACCUGGCCCAGCUCGUUGGCGUGCGCAAGGUGCACAUGGACAGAUGCCUGACGGAGGUUCGCAGCCCGAGCGAGAAGACAUACACCCCUGAACAGCAGCAGAUGCGGGACCAGCUGCGCACCUUCUUCCAGCAACAGUCCGUGCUGUGGCCUCUCCUCUCCAAGCCAUCGCUCCUGCCUCGUGUGAACAUUGGUCGCGGCCCAGUCUCACCAGCCAGCGCCCGCGCGCAGGGUGGCGUGCACCAGCAGCACCAGCAGCAGGAAGAAGAAGGUCGUCAACACCAGCAGGAACAACCUGCCAGCGACAAGGACGCCCCACACUCGACUCGCACCCUUGCGCCCGUUGCUGAGGACAAGUUUCUCCGCAUCAACUACUUCCUCCACCUCGGGUUCAACAACGUGCGCUUCAUCAUGGAGAUUGGCUUCCUUAUGGCCAACUCUCUCAACCGCCAGCUCUUACUGCCAGACGCGCUGCGCAUGCGCCGCUGCGUCAACCCGGACCUGUGUGCCGCGGCCCCCUGCAAGCCGCCCGGCAAGAGCGCAGGCCACUACUGGUGCCCGCUCGAGCACUUCCUCGACGUGCGCGCCCUGGAGGAGAACGGCGCCCGCCUUGCGCGGGGCGGCAUGGAUGCGUUUGCAAAGGGCAAGUCCGUCAAGGUGGUCAAGUCUGCGUUUGUGGACGUGUACGACAAGCAGCUGCUGUGGCUGGACCGAAUCCCAGCAGAGGUGCAGGCUGCGAUGGACAACGCGCAGAGCGGGACCAUGACCUACCACCGCUUCCAUCUUGGGUGCGAGCUGUCCUACUUCAAGGUCGUCCACGACAAGUGGACGUACACGCAGGACAACGUGCGCUCGUUCCCAGCGCAGUUUGCGGCCGAGGAGGACGUGUUGUACCUCGAUGGCACGCCGCACAACAUUGGGCUCACCCCUUUCUUCUGGGGCCGAGAGGACGAUGCACGAUUCGCGCCCGCAGCGUGGCAGGACGCACUCGUGUACGCCCUUCCCGUGCGCGCAUACGCACGCGCCAUCGCAGAGGAAGUGCAGAAGCGCAGCAAGGUCGGCACUUUCGUGUGCGUGCACCUUCGCCGCGGGGACUUUGUUGACGCCGGGUGGCUGGGCAACGCGGAGGAUCUGAGCUACGUGGAGAAGCGUGUGGGAGACCUGCUUGGAGAGGGGGAGGGCCUGUAUCUGGCGACAGACGAGUUGGACGGCGACAAGCUCAGGGGCCUGCGCGAACUGGGCGCGCUGCAGUGGAACGAUAUGCUGGACACCCUGCAACAGGUGCAACUGAGCAACCCCGACGGCGACGACAACAACAAUGACAACAACAGCAACAGCAACAGGAAGUACAACGAAGCUGCACGGGCGCUGCUUGGGUUUGAGGACUACAUUGGGCUGAUCGAGCAGCAGGUGUGCGGGCUGGCGCGGGCCUUUAUCGGGUCAAAGUGCUCGUCGUUCACCGGCGGCAUCCUCAACAUCCGCCGUGCCAGGGGUGACAGCCACUAUCUCCACUUCUAAUGCAUGUGUGUGUGUGUGUGUGCGUGGU